AUGUAGAGUUUCACUCGUUAUCAAGGCCCUAUGUUAGUCCUUGAUGAAUAUCAUAAAUACUUGAAAGAAAUAAAUUAGCUUACUUCGUCACUUUUGUGUACCUAGAAAGAAAGAUUUUAUGUAUAGAAAUAUGCUCGCUAUAAUCCAUGUAUAGUAAUUUUGCAGACGACAGUGUCUAAUGUCUACACAGUAGACAGCCGUGAGCCGACAGGCUAUGUAUACACUCAAAAUAGAGACUUCAAUCUAACCUGUACUAGCAAACAUGAAUCUUCCAAUGUUGUGUAUGCAGUCUCGAGGACUCUCUACAUCUUCGGCUUUAAGUCAAGUGAUAAGACUGACUCGUCUGAGGGUAGUUGAUAACAGUGAAAUUGGGAAACAAGCAAUGGCAGAAGGAAAACCUCCUUAUGUUUUCCAUGUUUACAAUAAAAUGGGUGUUGGUUAUAUAGGAGACAGAGUUAUGGUAGCAAUAAAAGGAGAAAAGAAAAAAGGCAUUCUUGUAGGAUUAAAACAAAAUCAAAAAAAGAAAGUACCUAAAUUUGAUACCAAUAAUCUUGUCCUCAUAGAAGAUAAUGGAUCACCAAUCGGUACAAGGAUUCAUGUACCAAUACCACAUAUUUUGAGGACCCUCAUGAAAGAAAAAACUCAUUCAAAGGGAGCAGAUUAUACUAAACUUAUUGCUAUAGCCUCAAGAUUUAUUUAGGGUUUAUGAAUGUUAAUAUAGAAUUAAUUUAAUAUUGUAAAAAUUUUAAUAAACUUAAAUGUUAUGUUGUAAUCUAAA